AUGCUACGACCGGUGUCUCACUUAACGUGUUACUAUACGCACUGUUCGGCCACUGCUGUGCCGCCACUGCCAUGCGGGUGGGGCAACCUUGUGUGUUGCCGACAGCGCAAAGCCAUUGCAUCGUUCGUCACAUGCAUUUCUUCUUCCCGUGCCCGUGCAUUGUGUUGCUACUUUCCGCCCUUGCCCGGCCAUCAGGUUCCUGGCAGGCAACAACCUCACCGGCACUAUCCCUGCUUCCACCUCCACCCUCACCUCCCUGCGCAUCCUGUCAGUCGCUCGCUGAUUCUCACCUUCUCGCUGUUUUCUGAGCUUUUGCUUUUGAGGCACAUGCAUUUUCUUGCACUAGUUGAAGAGUUUUUUAGCCUGCACAGCAACCAGCUGGAAGGACCCUUCCCAACCAGCCUCUUCUCCAUCACCUCCCUCGAGUCCCUGUACCUGAGCAGCAACAGCUUCUAUGGCCCCAUCCCCGACUGUCUCUUCAACGCCUUUCCCUGCCUUAACAGACUCGACGUGAGUCACAACAGCUUCUACGGCCGCAUCAACCGCAACUUUGAGGGCAUAGUGCCCACAGCGGGCGGCCUCCUCAACCUCGCCCACAACUACUUCUACGGCGACCCCGUGCUCUUCGCCAGCGGCUGCCAGUUCUGCCCGUCCGAAAUCGCGGGGGAGAGUACUGUGGAGCCGGGGGAUUUGAGUGUCCAGGCAGGAGGGAACUGUGUCGUACAGUCAGAGGCGGGCAGGUGGGUGGGUGUUUCUUAA